GACCUGGGGAGGGGGAGACCGCUCCGUCUGGCAGGCGCCACCCGGGCUGGGGUCACCUUUUCAGGUGGCUUAACGGCUCUGGAGUGGACGUGUACCCCCCGGCUUUUCGCCGUGUUAGGGACCCAGACCCUCCCCUCCCCAGAGAACCUGGACACAGUUUAUCUUCCUCAUCUAUAACGAGCGUGCGGCGAGGGGAUUGAGGGCAGGACGGAGGGCGGGGAUGACUUCCUUUUUUAAAGAACGGAAACCUGGCACGGUUUCUAGGGAGGAGUGUGUGUCCCUCCUUGUCCCCUUUGCGCCCUGCGGCAGGCUAGAACCCCCUCAGGCCCCGGUCUGUGGACUCAGGCGUGAGGCCACUUCCAGGAGGGCCUUUUAGACUAGUGAGGGGCCUCUGGAGAACUGGCAGUCGCCUGGGUUCCCAAGACUGCUUUUGAGUGAAGAGCUACUUCCGGGUUCUGCGUUAGAUAAAGUACAUAGGGUCUUCUGCUGUCCAUCUGCUUUGCGGUGCAAGGUGAUCGUUCUUGCCAGAUGCUUUGUGGGAAAUUUCAGUGGAGAUGUCAAUAUUUUGGCACAGAUGUCCAAGAAGUGACAGUGCUGAAGGGAUUUAACUCUACAUGUCUGGCACAGAUCUGCGGCUCCUAAGAUUGCCAAUAGGUGUGUUGAAAGUGGCAAAUUGUUGGAAAGGAGCAGAAUUCUGUUGAUUAAAUUGGUGCUUACUAGAGUGCAAUAGACUCCUUCAUUUCAUAUUUUACACUUUUGUUAUGUGUUGAAACAUAAUGAAGAUGAUAUCUUCUCUUCCCCCAAAGAUUUCAGAAGCUUCUAAGAGAAGCAACCAUAAAAGCAAAAAGUUAUGCUGUUAUGAUUUAGGUAUUUGUAAAAAAUUUUAUAAAAUGCUAUGAGAGUCCAGAGAAUCACCCAGCUUGUAAUGUAUAGGGCCUUAAUCAGAGGUAUAGUAUAGUGGGUAUUCAUGUUGAGCAAUGUGAAAGAGGGAUCAGAAAGGGAAGAAGAGAUUAUAAACAGUAAUCUAGUGAUGCCUAGUAAUCUAGGCAAGAGAAAACAGCUGCUACUGGUAGGCUCAGAAACAGAUUUUAAAUACAUUUACAGAUGUAGAGUCAACAGGAACCUUGGCAAAAUGUAAAUUUGAGGAAAAGGAAAGAAUCUAAGAUAAUUUACAGAUUUUCCACUCAAUACCAUAAGUGAGAUUGGGAAUAUAGGAAGGGCAGGUUUGUUUGGAGGUGAACAUAGUUCAACUUUGGACUUUUUUUAUUUAUUUAAGUUUAUCUAUUUUGAGAGAGAGAGAGCAUGGGGGAGGGGCAGAGAGAGAGAAUUGCAACCAGGCUACACACUGAGAGCAUGGAGUCCAGUGCGAGGCUCGAACUCAUGAACCCCUGAGAUCAUGACCUGAGCCAAAAUCAAGAGUCGGAGGCUUAACUGACUUAGCCACCCAGGCACUCCCAGCUUUGAACAUUUUUGAAAUGAGGUGCCAGUGGAACUCAUGAGUAGAAAUGCUUUCAAAGAAGCAUUUGGAAAUAGAGAUCUGGAUUUCAGAAGGGAAGUCCGGGUUGGAAGUCCAGAUUCAUAUUUCUAACUGCACAUCAGAGGAGUGAGUCUCCCAGCAGCCGACCAUAUCGCACUAGCAGUAGUUCUAAAAAGUUGGGUAAUAGUUGGGGCGCCUGGGUGGUUCAGUCGGUUAAGCGUCCGACUUCAGCUCAGGUCAUGAUCUCGCGAUUCGUGAGUUCGAGUUCGAGUUGGGUAAUAGUUAACAUUGGUGGUCUUACUAUAUGCCAGAUGUUUUUACAUUUAUUUCAUUUAGUACUAACAAAAAUUCUAUGAUAGGCACAUUUUUUACCACCCCCCCCCCCUUUUAAAGAUGUGCAACCUGAAGUUCAAAAAGGUUAAAAGAAUUUGCUUAAGGUUCUUCAGCUAAUCAGUUAGCAAAGCUGGGUCGUGCACUCAGAUCUGUCAAAACCCAAAGCAUAGGGAAAGCACCAUGCUGUACUGCUCUCUCAUAAGGGUAGCUAUAAUUUUUUUGAGUCACUGCAAUAUGCCAGGCAUUUUGCUAAAUUACAAACAUCUCAGCAGAAUAUGGUUGGGGAGAAAUUUCUGAUACUAACAAAAGCAGGAAAGAGGUCUUCUAGAAGUUUCAUUUAUUCUCUCGUGUAAAUAUAUAAUCAAUAUUUGCACAUCCUACUCAACCUGUUUUCCAUAAGAUUUUUAGUUUUGCUCACAAAGUUUGCCACCACCACAGUACAUUUGAAAAAUCAUACUCAGAUAGACAGAGUGAUUGCAAGCUGGGGUUUCAGGACUUCCAGACGAAGGGCCAAUUUAUUUGGUUCCCUUAUUAGGGUGCAGAGUAUGCCGGAUCCCAAGAACGGAGAGAUAAGUAAGAUUUGAGUCUUGCCUUUUCAGUUCUGUUCUCUCCCAGCUGGGGAAUUAGAGAGGGUAUCACAAAGGAAGGAACGCUAAAGCUUAUUUCAAACCCUGACCUAGAGAAAGAAGACAUCAGGCUGAAAGAACAUCAUUAACAUAAGAUCAUUUGAAGCAUGAUUUAUAAAGAAAGUCAGAUCUCAAGGGUGUCCUGCAAGAUGUCUUAAAAAGUCCUAACUCAGAGAUGGCAGUGAUUGAAACAUAGUGUGGGAAGAACAAUACAUAAAGAAGAAGAAACAGGACUUGGCUCAGCAAGCACAAGAAACACUGGACAAAGGAGAGGAAACCAACAAAGAUAAAUUUGGAAGCACUGAAUGCAGCAAAACAAGAACAAUGGAUCUCAAGUUCAACAGUUCCAGGAAAUAUAUUUCUAUAACUGUCCCUCCCAAAACACAGACAAUGUCACCACACAUCAAGUCAAUAGAUGACGUUGUAGUGCUUGGCAUAAAUCUCAGCAGAUUUAACAAACUUACUCAGUUUUUCAUAUGUGUUGCUGGAGUUUUUGUAUUUUACCUAAUUUAUGGAUAUUUACAGGAAUUAAUAUUUUCAAUGGAGGGUUUUAAGUCCUUUGGCUGGUACCUAACUUUAGUACAGUUUGCAUUUUACUCCAUAUUUGGCCUAAUAGAACUUCAGCUUAUUCAGGACAAAAGGAGAAGAAUACCAGGAAAAACCUACAUGAUAAUAGCUUUUCUAACUGUGGGUACUAUGGGGUUAUCAAAUACUUCCUUGGGCUACCUGAAUUAUCCCACCCAAGUCAUCUUCAAGUGCUGCAAAUUGAUUCCUGUUAUGCUAGGAGGAGUUUUUAUUCAAGGGAAGCGUUACAACAUUGCAGAUGUGUCUGCUGCCAUAUGUAUGAGCCUUGGCCUGAUAUGGUUCACUCUAGCUGACAGCACAGUUGCACCAAAUUUCAACCUGACCGGUGUGAUCCUUAUUUCCCUGGCACUGUGUGCAGACGCCGUCAUUGGGAACGUUCAAGAGAAAGCCAUGAAACUGCACAAUGCUUCCAACUCAGAAAUGGUUUUGUAUUCGUAUUCCAUCGGUUUUGUGUACAUUUUACUGGGAUUGACAUGCACUAGUGGAUUAGGCCCUGCAGUAACAUUUUGUUCAAAGAAUCCAAUUCAGACCUAUGGUUAUGCUUUCCUUUUUUCCCUCACUGGGUAUUUUGGAAUCUCCUUUGUUCUGGCUUUGAUUAAAAUUUUCGGUGCACUUCUUGCUGUAACAGUGACAACCGGAAGAAAAGCAAUGACUAUCGUACUUUCAUUUAUGUUCUUCUCCAAACCAUUCACAUUUCAGUAUGUCUGGUCUGGUUUGUUAGUUGUCCUUGGUAUAUUUCUCAAUGUUUACAGCAAAAAUAUGGAUAAACUAAGACUACCGGCACUAUAUGAUCUGAUAAACAAAAUAGUGGAAAUGAGAAAGUCAAGGACGUUGGCACAAACCGUAUAGUGAGUGAUUCAUCCUGUUUAAAACAGAACUCUAAGGGAGUAAUCAUCAAGUAAUUAACUUUUCAAAGGGAUUAUUAUAAAAACCAAAGGAUCUGAAGGCAUGCUACCCAUUUGUGGAUGGGUCACCUAGGAAGUCAGCCUUUUCUUCAGGAUACUUGUUUAACCGUUUGACUUCUGAAGCAAUCAAGAGAGCCACAUCUGGCACGCCUUAGAAUCAAAUGUCAGUGCGAAGGACUGACAUUUCUUAGCAACCUGUUGAGAAUUGCACUGGAAAUGGACCAUGUUGCAAAACUAAUUGGAUAUCAUUAUGACAUAUCAAAGAAAUUGAUAUAAUAAUAUCAAUUAAUAGAUUGUUUUGUUUUCAUUCCAUUUUGGUGGUGUUAUUUAAAUGAUUCUCUGUUAUAAGAGUGAACUGAUGAUUUAAAGUCUAGAAAGAAUAACUUCAUUAUAAAUAAAAAUUAUUCUGUGAUUUUUUUAAAUAAAUGUGUUAUUAGAAUUUUGUUAUGAAGAGGGAAGUGAAGGUUGGAGUAAGUCUUUACAGAAACUUUAAAACUUAGGCUUUUCUCCGAUAAUUUAGUAGGAGUAUUAGAGGAAACAUGCUUUAAGUUUUCUGUGAAAUAUAGACAGCAUAAUAAAAGGAGUCAUCCUGCAACCUGUACGUAUGUGUCGCAGAAAAAAUUACUACUAUUCAUCAGAGUGCUAAAAGAUUUAAUGAUUUGGAUUUUUUAAUUGAAGGGAAAAUAAUGCAUGCCUUAAAUUAUAAUAAAAUAAUAAAACCAUCAUAGUUUUUCUCAUAAAAGUGAAAUUUAAUUUGGCAGCUUAAAGAUUAAAUAGGGUAAACGUAAGAAACACAAGUAGAUUUUACCAAAUUUGUACAGUACCUUGUUUGCACAGUUUUGAGUAUAAACUCGUAAAGAUUUUGGCCUUAUUUUGUAGCAGUUGAGUUUUGGAAUUGCUUCCACUGUAUUAAAAAAAUCCAAUUAAUCUUCAUUUUCAGCAUAAGUAAUGCUAGUUAAAACAACUUAGUUUCUGUGUUAUUGGUGAUAUCACUUAUAUUUUGUGAGUAUAAUAUACUUGGAAUAUUAAUCUUGUUCUGAAAAUUCCAUUGUAUUCUGAUGGUAAUUUUAACCUGUUAUGUGCAUAUGUGGGUGUAACAGAGCCCGUGAUAAUUUAAGGGUCUAGCCAUAAGGAAUCCUGACUGAAAAUCAGUUACAUGUUAAAAUACUCUGAGGGUAUUUUUCCCCAAAUGGUAAUCAUUUUUUAAGUUUUCGUAUUUUAAAAUGAAAGGAAUCUUAAUUUAUAUUUCAUUAUGCCUUCUUAAAUUCUUAAGACGGUAAGGAAAUUUGUGCCAUUAAAAAAAAAUCAGUUUUCCGAGUUCUUGAUAAAAGAUUAUAAUUUUAACUUUUCAAGGCAUCCUUUUAUAUACACGCUUUUCUAAUUUUUUUUUGUCUUUGCCUGUUAAAAAUUCCUCACCCCACCCCCCAAUUUUAAACAGCUGAGCACUGUUUAAAAAUUGGUUUGCCAGCCUAACCCUUUUACUCCCAUUUCCUUUUUUUACCUGCUAUCAGAUGGAAGCAAACUUCAUCUCACUUAUUUGUGUCCCUAGAGUACCCUUAGUGAAUAGUUUGAAAUACAGAAUACUUUUCUAUAGUAAAGGAAAUCAAUAUUUGAAUGUA